CGUAAUGUAUCAUAUUUUAAACAUUAAUUUUCCAUUUAUUUCGGCUUAGAACGGUUCUACGUGACAAGUUUCUUCCAAUUACACUACAAAAACGAAUGAGAUUAGAAUCUUUUUGACAUUUUAUUGAAUAACAAAUCAAAGAGGCAUUCGCAAGGACAGCUACGUGUCUGGUCCCGAUUUCGAACACCUGGCGUAGCCACGACAACAAGCGAAGCAUUCGGCUGAGGGUCACCACUUAACACGGUCACGACUUGAACUGCAACACCGGUCCGACCACCGAGAAGAGGAUCAUGGCGACCCAGGUCCAAAAGGUCCAGAAGGUCCUGGUCCACCUGAGCGGGGGGAACGCAGCUGCGCAGUGCGCCCGGUUCGUCCAGAGCAUCACGGGGCACUUCGGCGGUCAGGAUGAGACGCAGGUCGUCUGUUACCUUGACAACAACCGUUUCAUCCUGAGUCAGGGAGCGGGCCAGCGAGUCCCCCUCAAGAGACCCGCCUUCUGUCCCUUCAAGCACCUGUCAGUCACUCAGGCCGCUGCUAUCCCAUUGGACGUCCAGGACCGUGGGGUGGAUGUUGUCGUGGUUGUCAUCCUGCAGACAGCCAAUCAGAGAGUGCUGCUGACGAGACGAGCAGCCGGACUUCGAAUAUUCCCUGGGCUCUGGGUCCCCCCAGGAGGACAUGUGGAGCUGGAGGAGACGCUGGUGGCGGCGGGACUCCGGGAGCUCCAGGAGGAAACGGGACUGGAGGUGGAGCAGAACGACGUCAGUCCUCUGAUACUGGGGCUGUGGGAGUCUGCGUACCCCGCCCGUCUGGCCAGAGGAUCUCCUUUCAGACAUCACAUCGUUACCUUUAUGCUGCUGCACUGCCCCCACACACACCAGGAGCUGCAGGUGUGUCUGCGUCCGGACCCUGCGGAGGUGAGUGCGUGUCUCUGGGUGGACCGGGACCUCGCCCGCAGCAUCGUGGGGGGGGCCGACGGGGAGGAAGGGGGGCUGCAGCCCCCCCCGCCCCCAGCCGUCAGGUACCCCUUAACUUACCUUAGGGGUGACGGAGGUCCUGCCGGACGGGGCCCUGAGGGGCUCCCUGCUGCCCGGGGCCGUGCUGUGUGCCCGGGCCCCUGCUGAGGGCCCCGACGUGGAGCGGGUCAUUACCGGGACCAAGUACGCCCUGGGGCUCUGGCUGGACAGCCUGGCCCCCCGGCAGUCCUCCUCCACCGCUGGGGGGUCCUGCUGACUACGGACCGGUCCAUUGUGGGGGUCGGCUUAGUUCUGGAGGUAGAGAAGGGCCGGCUGGUAACCGGAAGGUUGCUUGCUAGACCGGUCCAGUGGGGACCUGGACCAGCUGAAGACAACCAAUCAACUAUUCACUUCACCUCUGCAGGGACACGAACAUGAUUGAAGAGCGGCGUUGAAACAGUCUUUCCUUUCUGUGUAAUGUGCCUUCUGGCCACCAGGUGGCAGUGCAGACUGUUCAACUGCAUCAAUAAAGAAAGAUGA